GUUGUGGGAGGUGCGAGUCUGCGACGAACAGAUCUUUAAUUUUGUACAAAUAAAAUAAUUUACUAAAAUAGACAGGUUUUAAAGAACGGUAACGAAAAUGGUCGAUCGCGUGAACCUUAAAGAAAUGAUACCGGCUUUACCGGAUGAAAAAAUUGAUAUGUCUCAAAUGAUAUCAGUAGAAGAUUAUGAUUUCAUAAUUGCUUUUGACACAAGUGAUCCUAAUGCCCGAGAUGCUGAACUCAAAGAGCAUCCAUAUCAAGCUGCUAAAACUUUUCUUAACUUGCUUAGUCAUGUUUCAAGAGAUCAGACUAUUCAAUACAUUCUUAUAAUGAUUGAUGAUAUGCUUCAGGAAGACUGUAGCCGCGUAGAACUCUUCAGAGAACAUUCGAGUCGUAAACAUGAAUCACUGUGGGGUCCUUUCCUGAACUUAUUAAAUAGACAAGAUGGAUUUAUAAUGAAUAUGACCUCUCGAAUUAUUGCCAAACUUGCUUGUUGGAGUCAUGAUUUGAUGGAAAAAACAGAUCUUCAAUUUUAUUUAACAUGGCUUAAGGAUCAGUUAAAACUCAGUUUUGAGGCUCUUCAGGACACAAGUUUGCAUGCGGGAAUAGAUCAAGGCAACGGUAUGGACAAGGAGGCAAAUGAGCUACGUGAACUACAAAAUCCGAAUAAUGAAUACAUUCAAUCCGUGGCUCGUUGUUUACAAAUGAUGCUUCGCAUAGACGAAUACCGUUUUGCGUUUGUGUCGGUUGAUGGAAUUUCCACUUUAUUAAGUGUUUUGACAGGCAGAGUAAAUUUCCAAGUGCAAUAUCAACUUAUAUUCUGCAUAUGGGUACUUACUUUCAAUCCAUUACUCGCAGAAAAAAUGAACAAAUUCAGUGUUAUUCCUAUCUUAGCUGACAUAUUAAGUGAUUCUGUUAAGGAAAAAGUAACUCGUAUUAUUCUAGCGGUAUUCAGGAACCUUAUUGAGAAAGUAGAGGAUGGGCAAGUUGCCAAAGAACAUUGUAUUGCCAUGGUACAAUGCAAAGUGUUAAAACAACUCUCAAUUCUUGGACAACGUAAAUUUGAUGACGAAGACAUCACCAAUGAUAUUGACUUUUUGAACGAUAAAUUGCAAGCGUCUGUUCAAGAUUUAAGUUCCUUCGACGAAUAUUCGACUGAAGUAAAGUCUGGGCGUCUCGAAUGGUCUCCGGUUCACAAAUCCGGCAAAUUCUGGCGAGAAAAUGCUAGUCGACUUAAUGAAAAGAAUUACGAGUUGUUACGUAUUCUGGUACAUUUGUUGGAAACUAGCAAGGACCCUUUGGUUCUCAGCGUAGCCAGUUUCGAUGUAGGCGAAUACGUAAGACAUUAUCCACGUGGCAAACAUAUAAUUGAACAACUUGGAGGUAAACAACGAGUGAUGCAACUUUUAGGACACGAAGAUCCUAAUGUAAGAUACGAAGCUCUUCUUGCAGUUCAGAAGCUUAUGGUGCACAAUUGGGAGUAUUUAGGAAAGCAGCUAGAGAAAGAACAAACUGGAACAUCAGGUGCAUCAGGAAUGAAACCAGGUACACAAGUCCCAGCAAAAGCUUAAAUAAGAGUACAAGCAUCGUAAUU